AUGACGGGUUGGAGUUCUUCAUCUUCUUAUUCUACUUCUUCCCCCUCUCUUUCUUCUCUCACUGCAUCUAAUAUUGAACACAUAAUUCCUAUCACUCUUGAUAUGGAAACCGUGCAAUAUUCUACGUGGGCGAAAUUGUUUAAAGUUCAUGCACGCUCAAAUCGUGUGCUCAAUCAUAUUAUUCCUUCAUCAGCGGCCAAAGUUCCUACUACCAAUGAAGAAAAGGAUGAAUGGUCCACUAUUGAUGCUACCGUUUUGAAGUGGAUCUAUGGCACCAUCUCCGGUGACCUUCUCAACACCAUCCUUGAACCCGCCUCUAAUGCGCAAGCCGCAUGGGAACGUCUUCGUGACAUUUUUCAGGAUAAUAAAUCCUCUCGUGCCGUCACUCUUGAGCAAGAAUUCUCCAACACUUCCAUGGAGGAUUUUCCUAAUGCUUCAGUCUAUUGUCAACGUCUCAAAAUGUUGGCGGAUCAACUUUAA